AUGCCUUCCUUCCAAGGCAUUGAAGUUGCCAUCGUUACUCAGCCUGAUGACAAGAAACUCCCCGAGUUUCCUCUGUCAGAUGUCUCUUCGCAGCCUGCAUUGCACUCUAACGGCGAAGUACCUCCUCCUGAUGAUAGCGGCUCAACCUGUUUACGUUCAGACGUGCAGCGGGCUCAGAAAGCCAGCCCCCGGAUCUCUGUCUACAUACCCUCCAAUCCAGGCUCGCAAUUUGGAAUUGACUAUACCUUCCUCGAAGAGUUACCGCCAUCGCGCUACUUCUACUUCAAAAUAUUCAUGAACGGCCGAAACAUUGCAAACUGCGGUGUAAAUCCUCUCAGGAAUUCUGUGGGUUGCAUCACUCGUGCUCUUUGCGAACCGAGUGCCCGCUGGAAAUACAAGGAAGACGGCGUGCUUCUCAUAAGGGAUGGCAUUGAGGCGCGCUGCUUCAGCUUUCUCCCCAACACAAACCAAUCAGUCGCGGAGGAUGGCGGCCUCAUCGAGCUCCAGGUCUACAGGGCCAAGGGGAGAAAGAGAAGAAUACCGGUGAUAGAAAGUCAUCGCGGCCAAGAGGCUUAUGGUAUUGGAUCGCCCUCGGGUGGGCUUCUAGACUCACCAGAAGAAGCUGGCUUCUAUGACUGGAUCCUGACUGAUUCGAAAGAAUCACCAUUCGUCUCAUUCCGCUUUCACUACCGCUCCUUAUCGAAUCUUCGGCAGCUGAGCCUAGCACCGGAUUCAACUGAACUGGAAGAGUUUUCAGCCAGAGUCUCCGCUGCGAGCUAUGUGCGUCCAGAUGAUUCAAAUAUAUCGAAAGAGCAGUCCAACACUUCUGCUCGGCCACUUCCCGAGAUCCCGACGAAAAAGUAUGUGGUUAAUCAAGACCUCGAACCAUAUACCCUAGUUGCUACAACCUCAAACUUGUCUGUCAUUCAGGAGGAGGUAGAAGAUGACGAAGGCAACAUUACAAGCAGCUUCCCGGCACGAUCAGACUCGCUUCGUGGUGCGAAGCCGAUAGCACUAGAACAGUACAGAUGCGAAGAGGUCAUUGAGUGCCAGACCAGUUUUGCUCUUAAGGAUUCAUUGGUUGUUAACUCAGAACACCUUCAUGUGAUCCACCAACGAGCAAUAUCUGUAGUGUUAGAAGAUGCAACUCGUACGGAAGAACAGGACCAAGCGGGAGGCGCCUCUGAUGCUGUAUCUAUUGCGGCCGAAGCAGAACGUUCAUUCAAGACUGGGUGGAGGCUGAACGAGAGUGAGUGGAUGAGAGGGGGUGCUUAA